UGCGAGUUCCGGCCGAUGGAGUGAACGCCGGCAAGAAGUGAGCCCACCGGGAGGAGGACAAAGCAGAAAGUUAUAAUUUCAUAAUGGGGAAUAAGAUCGAGCGCACGACGCAGGUCUCCGCUUCCGAGUACUACCUCCACGAUUUACCUUCUUCCUAUAAUUUGGUUCUAAAGGAAGUCCUUCGCCGAGGCCGCAUCUUCAAGACCGUGCUCUGCAAGCACGACGAAGGCUUGGUCCUCGUCAAGGUCUAUUUCAAGCGCGGCGACUCUAUCGAUCUGAGGGAGUACGAGCGCCGCCUCGCCUUCAUCAAGGACACCUUCCGCUCCCUCGAUCAUCCUCACGUCUGGCCUUUCCAGUUUUGGCAAGAAACGGACAAGGCAGCUUAUCUUCUAAGACAAUGUUUCUUCAACAAUCUGCGUGAUCGACUCAGUACUCGGCCAUUCCUCAGUCUUGUGGAGAAAAAAAUGCUUCUGGCUUACCGCAGAGGACAAUAUGAUCCUAGCCAACAUCUUGAAAAGAUCCCAGAUGCUGGAAUCCGCAAGUUGAUGAUGCGAUCAGCUAAUGCAGAAACUGUAGUAGGGUUGUGUAAUGAAACUGCAAAUGCAAUCACCGAGGACGCGACUCCAACAAAAUUUGGUGAGCUUGUGCCUGAAAGCCAACAACUUGUAAAGGGCAAUGGUGAGAUGAAGCGCGGUUCGGUUCAUGAUAGGAUUAGGGUACCUGUUUCAUAUGAGGAUUUGAUUCAGGAUGAACCAGAGGACAGUUGCUCAUAGCUUCUUUGGCGUGGAAUGGUGAUCCAAUAAGAGAAGGGGAGACAUGUGUAAUCUCCUCUAACACCGAUAGAGGAUAAUCGACUGAUAAGUAAGGUGAGUGUAAAGGGGGUAAAUUCUAUGUCUUACGUAUUCUUUUAAGUAUUAUGAUUUUUAAGUAUUUUAGGGAAUAGGUUACCGUUGCUUGGUUAUGUUUAUGAUUGAUUAUUUGUGCUUUGCUUGAGCUAUGAUUUGAGGUGAUUUUGUAAUAUUUGAGGUGAUAUGAGGUGAUUUUGUGCUAUUUACCUUAAAGCGUGAUGUUUGAGUUAUUGUUAAAGUUUAAGAAACAAGUUCUUUUUAA